UGGCGGGUAAAGAAAGUAGAACCACAUACGAGAACGAAAAGUCUCCACUUUAUUCCCUGGUCUUCUUGUUCAAGGUCUUUCUUUCUUCUUUCUUCCAGACCACCUUCCGUUGCAUCAUCAUCCCCUUCUUUCAGCUUACAUAUGUUCUUCUUCGUUUGUAAAGAAUCAAACUAGUAUUAUUUAGUUGCUUGUUGUUUCUUUCUCUUCUUGAUCAGAUCAUUAGGUUUGAAAUGGGGAAGCAUUCGAGUCCAAAACAUGGCAAAGACAAUCACAAAUCAGGAUGGUUAGCUGGAAUGCUUCAUGUGCUUGACUUUCACCAUUGGAGAACUAAGAACCGACCAAUCUGUUGGAAGACCCCAAGAACUCAUUCCUUGAUGCGUGGUGAAACAGAGGAACAUGAACCGUUUCUUGAUUCUAAGGAUGAAGAUUCAAAGCUAGUUAAUGUUGUUGCAGAUAAUAAUAAGCCAACGAGACCAGAAGCAAAACUGAAGAAGAUGAUGACUACGAAGCAAGUAACUGAGUACGUUGAUUUUCUUGAAAUCCUAAGAAAAGAAGAUGUUUUCGUCAAGAUAAUGAAAGAUCAAGUCCAGAUCAAGUCUAAUCCAAGAGUUUUACCCAAGUCAGGCUCGUUUCCUAUCUCACGCUCACCAAGUCCUGCUAAAAUUGAUCACAAGCAGAAGGAGAACUGGUAUUCUCCAAACCAAAACGGUGCGGUUUUGAAUUUGAAUGUUCCAAGAGACACUACUUCUCAAGAACACAAACCAAUCUCUCCUUCUCGUGGCUCAGCUGAUGAUGAUCAUGUGUUUAUUAACCACACUGUUAUAAACGGGUUUAGAGAAAUCAAGAAGUUGCUCAAAAACGCACUUAAAGACCGAAGUCACACAAGGAAGAAGAACAAGAAGGUUUCGGAUGUCGCUAAAGAUGAUUAUGUGGGGAGAUACUCUCAACUCUUGGAGCAUAGUUUUAGAAGAGAAGGUGGUGAAUUGCGUUCAAAGAGCUUAAAACUUUCAUAUGAAGAUAGAAAGAGCGAUUCGAGUAAACCACAAUUCUUCAGACGGAUUUCGUCCUUAUCGAGUCUUGAAGUUCUUGGUUCAUUUCUGACCGACCUUCCCCGAGACAGUUCUACUUCCCAACUGGAACCUAGGAAAUAUGUAGACCAAGAUACUAACUUUGGAUCCAAGAAAUCUUUGUUGUUAUCAGAAUCUCCGGUAAGAGCAGAGAAGGAAGAAAAAUACGUGGUGCAAGAAGAGAGAAGCCAAGAAAAUCACUUAGACAGCCCAAACCAAAGAAUCCUCCAACAAGAUCCAGAUUCUGUUCCUAGCACUAGUUCUUUGGAAGACACUGCACAAAAGACUGAAACUUUACACUCACCAGAUGCUUGUUCUACAGGUUUAGGUCCAACUUCUGUAGAGAUUUGCAACCAUGAAGCAGAAGAAGAAGAUGAAGAUGCCUACUUCUGUUAUGUAAAGAAGGUUUUAGAAGUUUCAGGCUUCCUUGACAACAAAGACAACGGAGAAAAAUGGCACUCAGAGGAACAACCACUGAAUCCAUCACUAGUAUACGAACUCGAGAUACAAGAAGAAGCAGUAGAGAACAACAGAGAGCUUCUCUUUGAUUUGGUUAACGAGGCAAUCGUCGAGACUCACAACCAAUCAUACAUAUACUUUCCUAAAACAUUUCCGUAUGGCAAACGUUAUCUUGAUGAGGUAUGGGGAAGAGUCGAGUGGAACCUCUCUGGUUUGGGAGCUGAGAAUAGAGAUCGUUCGUUGGACGAUAUUGUAGGAAGAGAUCUAACAAAAGCUGAUGGUUGGAUGAAUCUACGAGGUGAUUCUGAAUGGCUUACUCUUGAGCUUGAAGAUUUGAUUUUUGAUGAUCUUCUAGAUGAACUGCUUUGUCACUAUUAGUAUACAUAUACAGUUUGCAAAUAGAAACCUCAAAUUUGAAUAUUUCAGAUAGAUUUUUGCUUUUAUUUUUGGAUAUACAUGUAUAUAAAUAUGUGUUUGAUACAAA